UUUUUUUUAUUUCUAAAAAUAUACAGUCAAUCGAGCUUAUAGAUCUCUCUCUUUUUUCAGUAAAUGUCAUUUUGGAAGCCUGGAACAGUUGCACCUGGCAGUGCAGUUGACCGUGAUACAGAAAAUGAGACAGUUGAUGCAGUUGUUGCUCAUGCAGAGAAGCAAUACCGUCAUUUGACAUUAGCUCAACAAAGAGAACGUUUACCAGUAUUUAAGCUAAGAAAAGAAAUUUUAUACUUGCUUGAAAAGUUUCAAACCGUGAUUGUGGUUGGACAAACGGGCAGUGGCAAAACAACUCAAAUUCCACAAUAUUUAAUGGAAGCGGGUUGGUCAAAUGGAGGCAAGCAGAUUGCCUGUACACAACCUAGAAGAAUUGCAGCAACCUCUGUAGCUCAACGUGUAGCAGAAGAAAUGAAUUGCUCUGUAGGUGCAGAGGUUGGUUAUUUAAUUCGAUUCGAUGAUCAAACAAGCGAUCGGACCAAGGUCAAGUACAUGACAGACGGUAUGCUAUUUCGUGAAACGAUGAUUGAUCCACUAUUGACAAAGUACAGCGUAAUUAUGAUCGAUGAGGCGCACGAACGAAGUUUGUAUACAGAUAUACUCAUCGGCGUCAUUAAAAAGAUUCAAAAGAAAAGACCAGAAUUACGUGUCAUCAUCUCUUCGGCAACAUUGGAUGCGGAUCAAUUCUAUAAAUUCUUUAAUACAAACACAACUAAGGAUAGAUCCAAGGAUACGGCAACAAUCAUCUCAUUGGAAGGUCGUAUGUACCCUGUAGACAUACUCUAUUUGGAUGAGCCAGUGUCAAACUAUGUAGAAAAGACGAUACAGACUGUAUUUGACAUUCAUACACGAGAACCAGCAGGCGAUAUAUUGGUGUUCUUAACUGGAAGAGAAGAGAUUGAUACUGUAGUAAGCGAAAUCUACGAUCGCGGAAAGACACUGCCCAAGAAUAGUCUCUCCAUCAUGCCAUUACCACUUUAUGCUGGACUCACAAUCGAAGAGCAACUUCAAGUGUUUGAACCAACACCGAAGUACAGCAGAAAAGUGAUUGUUUCUACAAAUAUUGCAGAAGCCUCAGUGACACUGGAAGGGAUUGUAUAUGUGAUUGAUGCUGGCUUUGUCAAGGUUAGAAAGAAACAAGAAAGAUAAACCAAUGACUGACACCAUUCACU